GGCGACCAAUCAGCGUCGGGGAUCGGCGGGUUCAGCCUCCCAUUAUCCCACGUGAUCCUCCUCAGCAGUUCCCAGGCGGUCAGAUCGGAGAACCGGAGACUAUGGAUCAGAGGCUUGGGUUGUUCGUUCUUCUGGCGGUGGGCCUCCUCUGCCUCGGUUUGGCCCCCGUCUCUCGGGCCCAGGAUCUUGUGGAUGACGGUCUAGACGACGACGUGGACGUGGAAGACGAGCUGGAUCUGGGUUUGGCCGGAGCCGAGGAGGAGCUGGAGGGCGACCUGCAGGAUGAGGCUCCACCUGCUCCUAAAACUCCUCCCACACCCAAGGUGACCUACAAGGCUCCAGAGCCGAUGGGGGAACAUUUCUUUGCUGAGUCUUUUGACCGGGGGACACUUGACGGGUGGGUUCAGUCCAACGCCAAGAAGGAAGACGCCGAUGAAGAGAUCGCCAAGUACGAUGGUAAAUGGGCCGUGGAGGAGAUGAAGGACAGUAAGCUGCCCGGUGAUAAAGGUCUUGUCCUGAAGUCCAGAGCCAAACAUCACGCCAUCUCCGCCCAGAUGCUGCGACCGUUCAUCUUUGACACCAAACCCCUCGUCAUCCAGUAUGAGGUGAACUUCCAGUCAGGUAUCGACUGCGGCGGCGCCUACGUCAAACUGCUGACUCAGACUCCUGACCUCGACCUGGACCAGUUUGUGGAUAAGACUCCGUACACCAUCAUGUUCGGACCUGAUAAAUGUGGAGAAGAUUAUAAACUUCACUUCAUCUUCAGACACAAAAACCCCAAAACUGGAGAAUACGAAGAAAAACACGCCAAGAAACCAGACGCUGACCUCAGGACGUACUACACCGACAAGAAGACACACCUGUACACACUGGUGGUGAACCCUGACAACACCUUCGAGGUGCUGGUGGACCAGACGGUGGUGAACAGCGGCAGCCUGCUGACAGACAUGACCCCCGCUGUGAACCCCCCCGCUGAGAUCGAGGACCCCGACGACCAGAAACCCGACGACUGGGACGAGAGGCCCAAGAUCCAGGACCCGGACGCCGCCAAGCCCGAGGACUGGGACGAGGACGCUCCUGCUCAGAUUCCAGAUGAAGACGCGGUGAAACCAGACGGCUGGUUGGACGACGAGCCCGAGUACAUCGGAGACCCUGACGCCGUCAAACCUGAAGACUGGGACGAGGACAUGGACGGCGAAUGGGAGGCUCCUCAGAUCCCGAACCCCGCCUGUGAGACGGCCCCCGGCUGCGGCCCCUGGAAACGACCGAUGAUCGACAACCCCAGCUACAAGGGCAAGUGGAAGCCCCCGAUGAUCGACAACCCCAACUACCAGGGCGUCUGGAAGCCAAGGAAGAUCUCCAACCCGGCGUUCUUCGAGGACCUGCACCCGUUCAGAAUGACUCCGUUCAGCGCCGUGGGACUGGAGCUCUGGUCCAUGACCUCCGACAUCUUCUUCGACAACUUCUUCAUCACCAACGACCGCAGCACGGCCGAGCGCUGGGCCACCGACGGCUGGGGGCUGAAGAAGGCAGCAGAGGGCGCCGCUGAGCCUGGUCUGGCAACUCAGAUGCUGAACGCUGCAGAGGAGCGUCCCUGGCUCUGGGUCGUCUACGUCCUCACCGUGGCGUUACCGCUCGUCCUCAUCAUCGUGUUCUGCUGCACCGGCAAGAGGUCGUCAGGAUCAGCUCAGGGUCAUUUGAGUCUCACCAGCUUACAGGAAGAGUUUAAGGAAGCUGGACGCCACGCCUCCUCCUCUAAGAAGAGUCCAGCGACGCCGGCAGAGUACAAGAAGACGGACGCACCUCAGCCCGACGUGAAGGAGGAGGAGGAGGGGGAGGAGGAAGAGGAGGCUGAAGAGGCGGAGAAGAGCAGUCCAGCUGCAGGAGAGAAGAGCGAGGGAGAGGAAAGUCCUGCAGAGGAAGAGGAGGCAGAGAAGGAUGAAGAGAAGGACGAAGAGAAGGAUGAAGAGCAGGAUGAAGAGAAGGAUGAAGCAGCAGAUGAGAAGUCGGAGGACGACAUUCUGCGGAGAUCUCCCAGGAACAGGAAGGUCAGAAGGGACUGAUAUCUCUGAAUCCAAAGCCCUGACCUCAACACCCCCCACUCCCCUAAAAUCCCCCCGCCCCCCCUUCUUCCUCCUCUUCUUCUACCCUUGCUCCGAGGUGAUGAAGCCUAAAUGGAUCCCAUGGAAGCAGCGAAGCCGACAGGAAACUAAAUAAAAUAUGGACGCCUGAUGAUGAUGAUGAUGAUGAUGAUGAUGAUUCCAGUAUGAACAGGACUGAGUUAGAUUAAAGGAGAUUAACUGAGAUUAACUAAAACUUCCUGCAUCAUUCCUUAACAACACCUGAGCAGACUCAAACCCACGAGACCAACGUCUCCUGUCCUGAUCGCCGCCUGCCGCCACCCCGCUAGCAAGAGCCGCGCCCGACCAACGGCCCGUUACACAGCCUGUAAACAGUUUGUUAGUGAGUCUGCUGACGGGGAAAUGUGACUCUACUAGUCAUCCUACAACCUGAAGCAGCCGACCAGCAGUCACAUCAUUAGGCUUCAGCUGUCGGGAUCAUCCUGCAAACAGCCAGUAAAUCAACCUACAGAAAGAUGUUGAAUGGCCUGCUAACAGGCCUCUCAGUAGAGUAAACAGCCCACCAGCAGCUGGAGAAUCAGACAGUCAAGUAAGGCCUUAAACAGUUUGUAAAUUCCUCUCCAGACAGGCAGAACGUCUGGCUCUCAUGGUCCUGUUCGGGCUGCUAACAGGCUGCUAAUGCGUUAGCAUUAUCCUCCAAUCAAGCUACUGAAAGAAAAGUCAAGAUAAACCUCCAAACAAUCCAGGAAGUGCUGCCAUGACACCUGGUCAAUCACCUGUAAACAGCUUGUUAACUAGUCUCCUGACAGACAGAUAACUAACCAACAGUGUGGAGACUAGUAUCAGAUUUAUCUAACAACCCAAUGAUCCCACCAGCAGGCUGCUAGUUAGCCCGCUAAACUUCUCUCUAAUUUGCCAACCACUGUCUAAUUUACCAGCUGAAAUAGCUUGUUAGCGACAACAGUGACGUGUUGCUAAUUAGCCUACUUGACUACAGGUUAAAGUAGCAGAGCAUCAUCAACAGGCUGCUAACAAGUCUUCAGAUAAUCUAAGUAACUAGCGAUGAUCUUAACCCACUAACAGCCGACUUCUUCGUCUUCCAGGAGUCUGUAAAUUAGCCUGCUAGCAUCCUUAAAGAAAGCCACAACUUUUCAGUUAGCGUGCUGAUGUUUCAAGAAGUGAGAUGAGAACACUCCGGCUGACAUGAACUUUUCUUUCUUCUUCUUCUUCUCAUGUUGUUGUUGUGACGGACGUUCGCUGACGUUUUGUCUCCUCAGUGUUUUUGAUGUGUGUUACUGUCCUGAUGGCAGCAGGGAAGGUCAAAGGUCAGAGGAAGGUCAGUGUAUGUUGUUGUGACUUGUGAUGACGCGUUCCGGAACAGCUGUUGUCAGUUGCAGGUGUCAGCUGUUGGUUAGCGGAGGUGGAUCUGGUCGGACCGGUUCUCGUUCAGAACUGUGGCGUCAGCGCGGCGACGCAGCAGCAGAUGAAACUUCUUUUUAUUUGUCAGAACAAACGUUGAACAUGUCAGAGACACAAGAUGGUGACAGUAGAUUUUAUCUGCUUCACCCUCCCUCCAUCUUUUCUUCUUUGUGUGAUUUCAGUCCAAACAAACGUGACAGCAGCUCAGUUCCUGCCUCUGUCCAUCAGGUUGGCAGGAUGUGAGAGUUUCCUGGUCCUGGAUCAGUUUCACAUCGACACGUGUGGUUGAUGACGUUCACAGUAGAACCUCCUUCAGUCGGAGGAAUCGGCUGCUGUCGUGUUUGUUGGGGCUGAAAACUUGUGUCGGCAGAUGGACAGACACUCGGUCCCUCUUUCAUCAACCCCAUAUGAAAAGAAAAAGGCACUAAAGGGGAAAAACUCAGGCGCUUAACCUCAACACCUGUCCACCUGCUACACCGUCACACCUCCGUCACACCUGAGCCACACCUCCGCUGAUCACCGACGUCCUCCGACAUGAAUCCUGGAUCCAGGCCGGAGUUCUGCCCCAUGUUUAAAAGAGAUGGCACUUGAGCGUGACGUUCAUUCUUAACCUCUACUUUAGACAAAAUAUCUGAACUCAAGGUCCACUUACUUUCAGCUUUCACCACAUCUCAUGCUCUUCAUCUGAGGACUGGAGUGUGCUCAGCUGUAAUCACAUGACCUCAGGCUCAGAAGCUUCAGACCUGGGUCACGUGAUGACACUUGAACAGACUAAAAAGAAGGUUGAAAACUCUGCAGAAAGCCAGUAAGUGUGCCUUGAGUUGACACAGGUAAAGACGCUGUAAAGAUGGUCAGGAUUUUCUCACCUGUGAGCUGCAGCCGUCUCCACACGAGUCUGACACCUGAAAGGUUAAACCUUUGACGUGUUUCCAUCUGAUGCUGAUGAGUCGCCGCCGUCGCCUCGACGUCGAGCUGAGAAACGGUUCCAGGCGUAAAAACUCUGGACGAGAAUCGUUUGAUUUCCUGUUUGUCCGUCCGAACGACAUUUUGUCUUCACCUUUACAGUCAGUAUAUAAACGUGUAGUGAAGGGUUUAUAACGCAGUAAGAUGUGGUUGUAAAGACGCUGCUGUUCAAACUAAACGAUCAGUCCAUCGACGGGAAACUAUUGAUGAACAUGGUUUACUGAUCAGUCGACCUCCUGACCUUCCCUCCAGCUCCACCAUCACGAUGAAAUUUCCACUUUUCAGUUCUUGAAUAAAAACGUGAAAAAUUCUUCCAUGAUCUUUGAGUGUAAAGACGACGUCUGUGUUCCUGUUUGUUCAUGAUGAAAAAAAAAACACGAUACUUUUCUGUCCGACUUUACUUCACUGUGACCGAGUGAAAUAAAACAGGUGUGUGUGUGUGUGGAAAAGAAACGCACCUGCAUUAGUCUUGUAUCCAUGAGGUGACUGUUGAUGUGUCUGUUUCUGUCGUUGUCAGACUUCAGUUUUCCAUCCUCUAAACGUCUGUUUCCUGUUGAUGUGAGUCAGGUGAUCGGCAGGUCGACUGACUGGUCGAAGGCAGUUUGUAGAGUCUGAGGUUUUUGUCGGUGAAUUCAGAUUCGGGGCCUUGAGGUAAACCGGAGGUCCCCGCUUCCAUGUCCAGGUGACCUUUAUUUAACCUUUUAUUUUCCCUCCUCUUCUUCGGGUAAACACGAGCUGCAGUCGUUUGGUUUUGGCUGUAAACUCUGUUGCUUUUAGUCUGUUUUUUUUUUCCCUCUCUCUCUCUCUGCUGUAAAUCCAGUGUUUUGGGUUUUAGGAUGAGUCUCCUCCAGCAGCAGCGUAGGACUCAUGUUUCAGCCAUCCUCUCUCUCUCUCUCUCUCUCUCUCUCUCUCUCUCUCUCUCUCUCUCUCUCUCUCUCUCUCUCUCUCUCUCUCUCUCUCUCUCUCCCUCUCUCUCUCCCUCUCUCUCUCCCUCUCUCUCUCUCCCUCUCCUCCUUUACUCUCUGAUUGUUUGUUCCCUCUGGUCGUGUCCGGCUGAAGCUGCCUGUAGCUAACAGACUGUAGACUGAACACUGUAUCUGCUGGUGAGAUUUUACAUGACUCUGUAACAAUUAACUUUUUAUUAUUUUGUUGACUUUGUGUUGAACUAAUUGGUCGGCCCAGCCUGUUUCUGAUGUACACACUAUGUAGAGAGGUGGACCUGCUGACACGCCACAGGACGGUCCAGCUUUGAAUAGAAAUACUGUGAUGAUGGAGCCUGAUGUGUGAGUGUGGACACGCAGUCAACAUUUGUUUUGAUGAAUAAAAAGGCUGAAUGGAAACUGAA